GUUAAUGUAUUUGGGGUUCGUGUAAGAGGUUCUUGGGGUUAGAUGGUGAAAGCUGUUAAAACUACCCCUCAAGGUGUUAAGAAAAGUGACUUUUGGCACCUAAGACGUCUCUGAAUUGUGGAUAUUAGCAGCCUUAGUGAAUAUUACAAUUAAUUAGGGAUUAACAAGGAGAGGCCAUGUGAUCGAAGAUUAUCGUUUGAAGAUCGAGGCCCAACCUUUCUGUUUUUCUACACACGUUUUUGUUGUAAUUAAUAGGAGAGUGUUUUAUCACCGAUUUUCUUAAUAAUUCAUCUCCGAUGUAAAUUUGAUAUAGAUAAGGUUUCCGACAUUCCUUAACAACAACCAGUGGCACUUAUAAAGUAGUUACGCUAUGAGUGCGCGGGCACAAAGUAUUUGCUGGGUUCAAUAUUUACGGAAAUAACUUCCCUGAGUACCUCCGCACGUAAUGGGUCAGUAACUUCGUGACAUUGUUUGGAAUUGCUGGAUUUAUUAGAUUUUUACUGUAAAAAACAAUGGAUAAUUUGUUGACGAUUGUGACUUUCGUACUUUUGAUUUCCAUUUGGACUUCAGCAAUUGAUGUUGGACCAAUCGCUAAAGCACGGUGUCGAGCAAGGUGCCUGCAAGAGACACUCAGAGCUCCGUAUGAUGAUAACUCCUGCUUCAAGAGGAAGAGCUGUGAUGUGUGCUGGAAAAUGUGUGAACCUCUUGUUCUGAGGCCUGAAAUAUUCUCAGAAAUAUGCCACAAUGGAGACAAAUGUCAAAAAGGAUGCAGGGUAGCAUGUGAUUUCAAGGCAAACAUUUUGAACACAGCAUCCCCAAGUACUGGUCAGUGGACAUUCAGCAUGGAGCCGGUAGUGGUACCUUUCAAAAGUACACAGAAAAUAGAAAUAGCUUGGGACACCCCCACCUCGGAACUGGUAUCUGGCAAUAGACAGGCCUUUGUUUAUGUCCUUAUGGCCAAGGAACCAGUUGGUACUCCACAGACAAGGGCCUGGACCGAGGUCAUACAGACAGCAUCUAGGAAUGUGGUGUUGAAGAGGGAGAUUCUGCUCCAUAGUACUGAGUUCUGGCUGGUAGCCGUUACUGAGAAUGGAACGGCCACGGAUGUCCAUUUUCAGGAGAACGACAAGCUUAUCACAGAGGUGGUGUACCCUCCAUCAGGUUCCUUAAUUGCCAGUACAAACCGUGGAUCCUCUGUCAACACGCCCAUCCAGGUUAACUACACCAUUACCGAGGACCCCCUGGAUACAACUCUGUCCGCUCUUGUUCAGUGGUCCAACCCUCCCAUCCCUCUUGGGGAGGGGGAUGCUUACACAGUGACCUGGUUUAUGGAGAAUUGUCAGGUUUGGGAUUAUUCCCCACCUUGCGAUCAACCAGCUGACCAUUACUCUCACACAGUGUUUUAUUCCAAGGACAAAGAGCCCUCUUAUGUCAUCAAAUCUCUGAUGUAUAACUCACUGUACAAUGUUGUCGUCGAACUAAGCCUAGCAAGUCGGAAAACCAAGAAAAGGUGGUACGGAGAAGUGAAUUUUAAGACGGAGCUCUGUGAAGAAGUGGACACAAAAACGUACACAAAAUGUAACCAUAACUACAUUGUCAAUCAAGGAUCUGCCGUUACGGACCCAAAUAAGGCUGGUAGUAGUUGGAGCACAAAUACGGACACUGUGGAUGAUGAAGAAGACCCUUUGGUUUGGUACCUAAACAUUGUAUCCAUGACAUAUGAUAUUGAUACCGAUCGUGUGACAGCAAACGUCUCCUGGACAGUGCCGUACAAUACAUCAUACAUACGAGGUUACUCGGUAGCCUGGAAACUUGUAGAUACAGACUCCUAUAAGCUGGACUCAAGCUACAAACACACAGUCACCAACCAGAGCUAUUAUGUGAUGUCCUUAGACCCCAAUAAGGAAUAUGAAGUUCAGGUGGUACCUGUUUUCAAAGAUAACAAUGAGGGCUCCUUCAUAGGAAACAACCAGGAGAGUGAACGUUUGAUCUUUAACACUACGUGGUACAAGUCCAUGCCUCCAACUCCCAGAACGGGGAUGAGAAGAGAUCAACCAACAGUCAAGCAAUCCAAAAUGCAGGGGGUUCUGGAUAAGGUGAUCAUUGGGAUUGCGAUGAUAGCCAGUAUUACUCUACUUGGACUCAUCAUGCUCUUUGUGUACAAGAAACGCCAUAGCUUCAAAGACAUUAUAAUCACCAAGUCAACUGUCGCCAAGAGCAACAGCUACAAGUCCAACGUGGGAUGUAAGGUAGAUUAUUCUAAUCAGUUACUGGUGAUUAGCGAUGAGUGGGAGUUGGAUCCUCGCCUCCUCAAAUUCAGCAGUCCUAUUGGCCAGGGGGCAUUUGGGAAAGUGGUAACUGGUUACUAUGAGAACCAAAGAGUAGCCAUCAAAUUAGUGAGAGAUAGUGCACCCUUAUCCUACAAAGAAGAUCUUUUGGCUGAGAUCAACUUGAUGAAAAGAAUCGGUUCUCACCCAAAUAUUGUGUCCAUGUCAGGGGCCUGCACUCUGUCAGAACCCAUAGCUUUGGUGAUGGAAUAUGUCCCCUAUGGAAACCUUCAAAAUUUUCUGAAAAAGUGUCGUUUAGAAGGGGAUUUCCAGAAGCGUAUAGGCCGUCCCAGUGAAGUGGUAUACUCCCUAAUGGAUGAGAGUGGGGGUAUUGACAGUGGUGUUAUAACUCCAGCGGACAUGUUGUCCUUCGCCAGACAAACUGCCAUGGCAAUGGAAUACCUGGCAGCAAAGAAAUAUGUUCACCGUGAUUUAGCAGCCAGAAACGUCCUUCUAGGUUACGACAAAAUUGUUAAAGUCUGUGACUUUGGUCUGUCGCGGGACAUUUAUAAUGACAACCAAUAUCAUAAAAUAACCAGUGGCAAGCUUCCCCUCAAGUGGAUGGCUAUCGAGUCCCUGAGGGACCGCAUUUUCACCACCCAGAGUGAUGUCUGGUCCUUUGGCAUCUUGAUGUGGGAGAUCAUCACAAUGGGUGGCUCCCCAUACCCAAACAUAGCAUUAGCAGAUCUUUACUAUGUUCUAGCCAAUGGAUACAGGAUGGAGAAACCCAGUAAUUGUUCAUCUGAAUUAUAUACCAUCAUGCGUCAAUGCUGGAUAGAGAGUCCAUCAGAGCGUCCUAAUUUCACAGACCUGAGAGUUCAGAUAGAACAGUUGUUGUCCAGGGAUAGAAAUUAUUUAGAUUUAGAUAAUAUAGAUGCUCCAUUGUCAACAUCAGAAAGCAGUAGUUCACCUAAAUCUGAUGAUUCGGACACUAUGUCUCUGCUCAACACAAGACCAUCUGCUCACAGAGUUAUUCCUGGGCAAUCAUCACGGAGACCGGGAACCAAUUCACCGGGUACCAGUCGGUCUGGGCCCCAGAAAACAGUAACCAUAGCUACAGACCCAGUGACUGUUGUGUGUAUUGAGAAUUCAGAUCAGUGGUAUAUGAAAGGGGCAGAAUCAGAAACCUCAUCAUAGCUAUAGAAAAAAUCUACUUUUUCUGUUUUCUAGUAUGAAAAAAUUAAUGACACUGACAUGAAACUGCACAAACACGUAAAUGAAUUGAGGGAAACAUUGUCCUCAGAAUGUGCAAUAGUUGUCUUUAUUGUUGACUUUACCAUGAAGUGAACUGCUCAAUAUUGUGCAGUAAUUAUGGACUGUGAUAGCCCAGUGUUGAGGAACUGUGUUCACUGUGCCAGCACUAUUGUGCUUAUGUGUGCUUCGAGCCAGUGUACCAGCUAGCACAGCACAUUGUGUGUGUGCUUCUAGAAACACUAAAAAAAAUCAUCUUUAACGAGGCUUGCUGUGAUUAUGUUUAUUUUUAAAAAUAUGUCAUUGUUUGAAUUGAUUAUGUAGGUCUGUAAAUAUUUAUUUAUAUAUAUAUAUUUAUAUUUUGCAAUAGUAAUUUAUUUUGUUGUUGGAGGAAUGUUCUCCAUAUGAUGUGUUUAUUACUAUAGGGCCAGUACAUUUUUUUUUUCACCACAUCCUGCAAAAUUAACAGUAUGGGUUACUGAAUUUUGGCAGUGUUUGACCUGGGUAUUUUUCCCCCCAUUGAUUUAGGGUCAUCUCAGACAAUACUAAUGUGCUGAAGAAUAAAACAUUUACCAGAGCUAGAAUUCAAUUAAACAAAAUAUCUAUUUGCCUUUCAAAGAAUGUAUGCAAAUAAAUGAAAAAUUAAAUGUAAUCAAAGUACAUGUAUAUAUAACUACAUGGAUACCAUAUUCACCCCAAUCAUCCCUGAAAACAAGCAUGUCCAAACUACAUUAAACAACUGAUUUUUUUCUAUUUGUUCAAAAAAUGAUAGCAUAAAAUUUAUUUAAUAUCAUUACUUAUGUUUUAUGCAUAUAGAUUUAUAGACCUCUUAUUCAGAAGUAAUCUAUUAUUAUUUCCUUUUGUAGGAUUGAUUUUGUAUCUGAUCCUUUUAAGAUGUCUAUACAUGCAUCAUCAUAUUAAAAGGUAGCUCUCUAUUGAUACCCAUCUUUUACAGCAUUUAUUUCUCAAUGGUUCUUAGUUUUAACAAUAUUUUAUUGACAGUUCUGCAAAUACAAUUAGUACAUGUAUAAUGAAUGUAGGAGGGAAGUUAACAUUUGAAAAACAAGUCAUUUUCAAUUGCAACAUUAUGGUGCUUAUGAGGGGUGAAAAUGGUAAAGUUGUUCAGAAUUAGGAAUUGCAAACAUGCGGUUGAAGUUUAAUUGCUUGAAUGAGUUUUACAACUGUAAUUUUUUCAAGUUAAAAAAAUCAUGUUAUUCUUUGAAAGUGUUGUGUCAAUUGAUUAGUGACCUCCUCAUGCUUGUAACAUUUUUAUUCAUUUUCCAAAAAUUUUAGAAGUGGAACUCUUAAAUUCAGAUAGAAAAAAGGGUAAUGUUCAUAUAGUGUUUACAUAGUCUGAAGUAUGUUGUAAAAUAAAUCCAUGCAUUUUGCCCAGGUAUAGUGUAUUAUAUUGUCAUUGGGCCUAGAUAAAUAAAUUGUGUGUUUCCAGUUCCCCGACCAACCCUAAAAUAUAUGAGCCAACCCUGAAAAAUUUAUCCGCUGAUAUCUUUCGGGAAGUAAACAAUUCCAUUUUCACUAUUAGGAAUCCUAAUCUCGAUCACUUCAGUGUUUGAGAGAAUGCAUAUCCUAUACACAUUAAACAGAAAUGCCAUUAGUAAGCCGACCUUUUGGGAAAAAGAAAUGAACCCUUUGUUUUUCUCAUUUUGUUUAUUGUCAAAGUUGAAUUUUAACUAAUAUAAUGUUAAAAUAAAAUAAAAUGUUUUCCCUACCUACCUACCCUAUUUUUUGUUGGAAUAGGAAACACACUAUUUAUUUAUCUAGGCCUUGAGUAAUUUAAGUAUAAUACAAUAUGUAUCGUACAUGUACUUGCAUAAAAAUCACAAUGAAAGAUACCCUCAGGUAAACAAAAAAAAAUAUUUAUCUUUUUGUAAAUUCACUUAUCUUUAUCUGACAUUCUUAUUCUCCCAUCACCCUUUAGAAAAGAAAAAAAAAUGUACAUUAAAAUCCUUAAACAACUUGAUCAAAACAUGCAUUACUGUAACAGUAAUAGGGAGAUGUUCUUUGUUGAGAUUGUUUUAUCAUAAAAUUGGUUUUAUAAUGAAUUACAUGCAUAAUUUCAUUUAUUGUUCUAUCAUUUUCUUAAUUCAUCAUAUUCAUACAUUUUACCCAUUUCGUGCCAUACAAACUAUAAGCUUAACAAGUGCAUCUAAUCACCUGUUUUUUUUCCUCUCUGUAACAGUAGAAAACAAUUUCUGCUGGGUGCUUUCUGCCCUCAGCAAAUAUAUUUACCCCAAAAAGGAAAAAUCAUCAAGACUGAACAUAUUGUUCAAAAUUAUUGUUUCAAAUACAAAAAAAAACUCGGACAUUUUUGCAUGGUUUUGGUGGAUUACAUAGAUAUCUCUUGAAAUCAUUAUCAACUUUUUGUUUUCAUACAAUGAACUUCAAAUGUUAUUGGACCAAUUUAAAAAAAAAUCAUAGUCUUAUGCUUUCUAUGAGAAAAAUACCCUCUGCUUUUUAAAACCAAUCUUUUUUUCAUAUUUAUUUUUUUUUCACAUGUUCAGAAGUAGAUAAACUUAUGAAAGCAUUUGUAACAUACUAUUGUUAAAAUUACACAUAUUGCUUGAUUAUAAUUUGUUAUUUCUGGCUUUGUUUAGAAGAGAAUUGAAUUGGUCUAUGUAAGAUUACAAAAACCUUCUUUUAUUUUAUCAUGUUUAUAUAGAAUAGUAGUUUUUUCUCCAAGUGUGUUCAGAUGAAUUUUCUCUUUACCUGUAAAAUUUAUUCUGCCAUUCUCUUUUACCUGUGUGUGUGGACUUGAUUGUCUCCCCCUUUUACAUGACCGUCCACCAUAUUGUCAAGAUUGUAAACAAUUUGUUUCUGUUAAUAGUUAUUGUAUU